AACUCCGGGAGAGGGGGCGGGGCGGGGGUGACGAGCGCGACAUUCAAACCAGCGAUCAGGGCUUGUGGCUGUGUGUAAUGAUAUUCGCGAUUUUUGCGAGUUAUCUAAUUUUAAAAAAACCAUGUGGCCACUGAAAGCACAAAUUUCUGAUGAAAACAGGAUUACGACAAUGCAGACUGCACAACGCAAAUCUGUUGGGAGGACUCCGCUCAAAGAUUUGACAGCUCAGUCUUUUACAUUGUCCGAGCAAAAUAGUUUGGUUAAAACAAGGUUAAAUUCAAACAAAUCCCCAAGCCUCACAGUGAACAAACAGCACUUCAAGGAAAAUAAGAGUGGCAACACUGGAACAUCACCAGUUAGCAUAUGGGUGGAAUCUGAGACACAAGUUCCUCUUAUGGACAACACCAUAAGUGAAGUGUGUGCUUCAAAGCGUUUAAAACCAAUUACCCUUUUUGAGACAAAGUUUACUACAUUGAACUCAGAUGGAUUAGCUCCCAAAAUGAAAAGUAAAGAUUCUAGCAAUAUACAUGAGUGUUUGCAGCCUUCAGAACCUGCAACUUCUGAAAAGAUACUGUGCUUAUCUGCCUGUGGUCAAGAAAAGUUUCCCCUCAAUUGCUUGGACAGUGACUCUUCUUUUCCCAGUAAUGCAGAUCCUUGCAUGAAUGUGACAGCAAGCCUGCCUGUGGAAACACAAAUUAAUGAACAGGAGUCUAGAAAAGACAGGGAUCAAAAGUUAGAAGCAGACACAUGCCCAGUGACUGUUCCACUCUCUCACAAAUCAGUGGUUGUUUCUCAAUGUUCUAGCCAGGCAUUGGGUGAAACAAGGAAGAGUCUUGAAUUACAAUUGUGUGCAAAUGAAGCUCUAAAAGAAUCGCCCUUUGGCAUAAGCCUAACUAUAAAUGAAGCAUUUUCUCAUGCUGCAUCCACAUUCUGCAUUCCCGAACAAAAUGAUGUUGCUGUGUCACACCAAGGAAUUAUUGAUCCAUCUUUAAGUAACCACUUUAAUGAGAGUGCAAAUGGAAAUAACUGUCCCAACAAGACUGAAGAAGUCCAGUUAUUGUUGAGCCUAAAAGAGGAGGAGAGAGUCCCAAAUGCCUCAGAGCUUGAAUCUUGCAAAAUGUUAAAUGGACUUGCUAAUGACACAUAUUUAAUUGAUACUUCAUCAGCAGCUUCACCUGAGCAUGUUGACAAACACAGCUUUCCAGCAUUGACUACAAAUUUAAUUUCCACUGAGUAUUCUGAACAGGAUGGCCUUGACUGCUCUCAAAUCAUAUCAACUUUAGAUAAUACACAACCUGAAGGCUAUUAUAAUAAGGCGGAUAAGACUGACGUCAACAAACCACUGAAAGGUGAUGACAGUGUUCUGCCUAUGUCCCAUAAAACUAAAGAAAGUCCUGCAACUUAUCCUACAACAUAUAUCCCAUUACAGCAACUAGCUGAUAGUUCUUCUAAAAUAUUUCUUCAUUCCUUCAUUCAAGAGGAAGUCUGUAAUAAGACUUUUGAUCUAGACUGCAUUACAAUAAAGGAUAAGAAAGUAGACUUUAAAUGUAUUGAACCAAACAGUAUUAUACAUACUAGGAGUUGUGAUGAGACUGAUGAUCUAUUGGUAGGGUGUAAACUGCUACCAGAGCAGACUGGGGGCACCUUAAAAAUAAAAGAUAUUGCAGAUCGUGGCACUGAUUACAAGACAGAGUUAGAAUCCUCCAUUGUUUUAGAGGAAGAAAUGGCUUCUAAGAACUAUGAUGGUUCUCUUAAAAAUGAAAAUGUCAAAGUACGUCCUUCCAUUGUUGUGCAAAGUGAUACUGGGCAAGCAGCUGUGCCGCUUGUUGCUUCUGCCAAUGAAAGCAGGUCUGAUUCAGUAGCAAACCCAAGGGACUCUGUUGUAAAUAACCAGCUACAAGCAAGGAAUUUUGAUAUUCCAAAAUUAUACAAAAGUGUACUCAGCAAGAUGUCUCCUAAAGGGGAAAGCUCUAAAUUGGAAGUUGGAACGUGUUCGACCCCAACUUCAACCUCAAAUACAUCCACAUGGACAACACCUAUAAUGUUGCUGAACAAGAGCUUGAAUACAUCAUGGGACUUUGAAAAGGGGAGGUCAAGUCCAAGAGACAAUGCAUCGGAGACAGAUUCCUUGCUCUGGAACUUCUCCAGGGAGUCCUUUAAUAAAGCAUCACGUGAGGAGUUGAUGGAUCGUUUAGAGAGUACUUUGAUAGUUGUUGAAGUUCUUUCACGACAGCUUCAAGGCUGGCAGCAGAAUCGAAUUGGUUCUAGACCAUCUGAACAGAGAGACUCUGCCACACAAACAUGUGUAACAUACACAAGUACGGAAGAGCAAUAUUAUCACAACUUGUAUGUAGAAACCAUGGAAAGACUUCAAAACAUGCAGCGAUGCAAUGACGUAGAAAAGAAACUGCAGGAGAUACUUAAAAGGAGUGUUGAUGUGCUGAUAUCUAACAAGACUCAAUCUAUGUCAUUGAUUGAGUUUGCUGAGAACAUGCAAGACAAAACUCAGGAGGAUAAAGCAGAUAUUAGCAGGAAGAUGUGCCAAGCCAGGUCACUUAUAGCUGAUCACAUGACUUUAUUGAAUAAAAUGAACAAGAAGAUGCAAGCAAACCAGCACCAAAUGGCCGAAAUGAGAACUAGUAUGGAAAAGGCAGUUGGUGAUAAAGAAGCGGCUGAUCAGUGUUUGAAAGAUCUUGAGACCCAUUCUUCUACAGUCAUAGCUCAGCUGCAACGUGACUUGGAAUCUGAGCAAUUGCUUUGUGAUGCUGUGAAAAAAGCUUAUACACAACAGCUCUCCUUUAAUGAAGAAUUGGUUGACUUUGCUAAAAAGGCUCAGUCUGUCUGCUCAGAAAUGGAAGAGGAUAGAGUCCAGUUGCAAGUAAAGUGUUCUCAGGCCAGGGAGCUCAUGUCAAAACACUGGGUCCUGUUUGACAUGAUGAAAAAUAAAACAGAUCAUGCUGUGCAUAAGUUUGAAUCCAUGAAAAGUGAGCGGGAUGCGGCUUACUUGGAAAAAAAUGAAAUGUGCAAUCAGUUAGAGGAUGUGAACUCACAGAAGGCUCAGCUGGAAACAGGAAUAGCUCACCUUAGUUCAGAGCUGGAGUCCCUGAUGGAACAGAUAUGUAAACUUAAGUCUGAAAAUGAUCACCUGAAACUGGAAAACUCUGAGCAGACGGAGGAACUGUGUGCUAAAGAUUCGUCUAUGAAACUGCUAGAAAAAGAGCUUAAUGAGACAACCAUUCGGGAACAAGAAAUUAAAGAACACAACAAGAAAUUGUCAGCUGAAACUGUGCCGAGGUUGGAGCAGAAGCUGUUAGAGGCAUUACAAGAGAAAGAGGUUCUACAAAUAAAGAUACAAGAGUUCCAAAAGCAGCACGCAUCCCAGACUGCAUCUUAUAAGGAGAGCAUUGAGUUCCUUGAGCAAGAGAACCAUGUGUGGUUUGAGCAGGUCGCAGAAACGGAGUCACAGCUAAAGAAUAAUCUCUUUGCCUUACGUGAGAGAAACCUGCAGUGUGAGACCCAAAAGGACAGAAUAAGCGAACUACAGAGUGAACUGUUAAAACUGAAGGAAGAAUUUCAGAUGACAAAGGAGGCAGCAAACGAUACGCUGCUGAAAAUGGGUAAAGAGAUAUCGGAUUCAUCCACAGAAGCCGGCAAAAUCAGGGACAACCUGCUGUGUGUGAAAGAACAAAUAAUGGACACAUUACAUGCAGAGGUAGCAGGUGCUUCCCAAAUGCUAGAGACUCCUGCCAGGGGACUUGGGAGUUGCCCCUCUACUUACAUGAUCAAUAGCACCCUAAAGUCUCAAACUAAGCAAUCUAAAACAGCCAAGAAUGCCGAAAGCAUUUGGAGUGAGACAAGUGCCUUUACCAUUGUUCAACCAGUGGCCUCGCCCACUACAGAUAACAAGGAGGAAACACUUCCAGAUGUAAUAUGUGAAUUAGGUGAAAUUGUGUCAAACUUUGCUGUCUCCUCUUCUUAUGUCAUUGGAGUGAAGGAACAAGAAAUCGAAGACUUUAAGAGAGAAAUAUCGGACCUAAAGGAUGAGCUACAGAAUAUGCACUUCAAAAACACAAUUGAAAAACGUGAUUUAAUGGAAGAGAUUGGAAUUCUGAAAAGAAAAAAUAGGAAUCUGGAGGACUGUGUUAACAGUAAGCAGCAGUGUGUUCAAGAGCUUGAGGAAAUUGUAAAUCAACAGGAACAGAGGUUACUACAGCAAGUUAGCAAGGAGAAAGAACGAGAGGACAUGAUGCAAGAAAAUGCAACAUUAAAGCGAUCCCUACAGCAGUGUGAAAGUGAAUUACUAGUCCUUAAAGAUGAGCUGUCAAAGAACCCAACUGAAGCAGCUAGAGACUGGAUGCAGGAGAAGUUACUUUUACAUAAGGAUUUGCGAAAGCUAAGACUGAUGCUUGUGGAAACUGAAAAUUCUAAGUCUGAAAUUCUACAUCGAGCAAUGAGACAUAGGAAUAUCUUGGAAGGAAAUCUCGCCCGCUCUGAGCUGGAGUUAAAGAAGCUGGAUGAUACUAUUGAGAAAAUAAGAAAGACUCUCUUGUCUAUACCUGAAGUUGUCUCCAACUGUGAAGAACUGAAACAAAUGCUGGAAUAUCUCAACUAGCUUCAUCUCAAGCCUCUUGCUGACCUUCAGGUGCCGGCAUUAUUGUUUUGUGUAUCCAGCACACACACACAUUCAUAUUCUAAAUGUGCUGUAUUUAUUCAUUGUAAUAAACAUGUGUAAUAUAUAUAUUUUCCUUAUUUAAAGGGUUAGCAUUUAGUGGCUGAAUAAAAUGAACAAUGGUUAAAGGAUAUUUCUAAAGCUAAAAUGUACAAAACACACUCCUUUUAUUUUAAUUUGCUGACUUGAAGGAUUAUUGCGGUAGUUCUGUAUUAGAAAGAAACAAACUUGUUUUAUGUUUUGAGAUUUUUUAAGGACUGUAAGUAAAGACAGCAAAAUACCCUUCAGACUUACAAAAAAGAGGAGAUUGACUAAUGCACAUUAGUCUUGCAGGCUGAGCCUCCUCCACUGUAGUUAUUAGACACCUACACCCAUGUUUAAAGGCAUAAAAGCACCAGUAAAAGGACGGGUGUUGGGGGGUGCUACAACCACGUGUGGGAUUACUCCAGGGCUAAAGAAUAUGAAAGUAUAAUGAAAGUUUAAAUGAUCUUGCCAAAUUCUCUCCUUGUACAAAAUAUAGGGAGUAGGGAAUGUGCAAUAACCAUUGCAUUGUUUAUGGGUUUAUCACAACUACUUUCAUCAAUCUUUUUUUUUUUUUUUAAUAUUAUUUAGCCUUGGGGUGUCCCCACAAUAAAUACACUGUAUAUAAUUAAUAGAUUGGUUUGUGUACAGGUCCCUGGUAAAGGUUACAAUAUGUUCACUGAAAUGUUGGACUUCAAUAAAUCUGUGAUAUUUCACAAGA